AUGGCGCUGGCAUCCGACUAUGUGCUGCCACCCAAAGACACGGUGUUCAGCACACUCCUGCGAGGCUUGAAGACAUUUUCGGAGGAUCUGCAAGUCGGGGCCACCGACUCGAGCGCCUUUGGCUAUGGCUGGGCCCAAGUUCCAUCCGCUGCUCGAAUCGCGGCACCCCAGUUGCUCCAGCCCAAGGCACCAACUUUGGCCCUCACGCUGCGAACCGGUGACCUGCAACCAGUGCGGGCAUCAAAGACGACGAAGGCGGCCAAGACGGCUCGAGAGACUCCGUCAGUGACACCUCUGCGUCAGGCGCGUCGGCCGCGGUCAGCCGGUGCACACCACCAGUCGUUCCAGAGGUUGCCGAAAGCCGAAUUGUGUCAAACACCGCGGCAGACGGGACUACCUCGUUUUGAUGCUCCCGACAACCAGCUAAAUAAGCGCCGGGGUUCUUUCACCUCCCGCGAGGCUCCAGUCAAUCAAGCCGCGAGUCCGCUCAGGCGCACGCUUCCUCCUGCAAAGUCCUGUCGGCAGCGGUCGCAGAAGAAGUUAUCUUCAGACGACUUAAACCCUGAACCUGCAGAGAAGAAGAAAAUGGCCAGUACCGCACCUCUGCAACAGCAAGCAUGGGAUUCCGCUCGGGGUGGGGCGCCAAAGGCGGCUGCACAACCUGCGGCUCAGGCAAAGGAGGAAGGCACAGUUGGGCCUUCCGCCGGAUCGAAAGGAAAGCCUGGGAUAAGUGAGGCAAAUGAGCAGACGGUUGGUCGUGUCCAGGGCAUCAACAAGCCCAUGAUUGCAGCACAGGCACCGCAAGUCUCGCCCCGUCCGAAAUUGCCUUCGAUGGCCAAGACUCCCAGGAUGAUGGAAGACUUCAUCGCUCAGUCGACUCAGCACCUGUUGUCCCUUCCCGGAAAGCCACAGCUUACCUGGCGGACACUGGACUCCGAGGCUGACUAUCGGGAACUCAAGGCCGGGGAGUACUUCAACCAUUUUUUCCACAACCGGGUUCUCACCACAAAAGCUGGCCUUGCGCAGUCUUUGAAGGAAUACUCCAUAUCUGGCGGCAUCAAUGCCGAAGCUUUUUUCCCACGAUGUUAUGAUAUUGCCCAGAAAAGUGAAAGAGACGAUUUCGUUCUUGAUUAUCGUCGUUCUGCUGCACUGCGAAUCGUACUGCUACAUCAGCGACUGCAUCGUGAUCAAGAGUCAAUGCAGACCGCCGCCGAUUCUGCAUAUUCAUGCAACGAAACGGUCCUGCUGGCAUGUACACAGGUCCUUCAGCGGUGGUGCCUAGAUCUUGAUCCAAAGCAUUUGGAUGAAGAGGGCAGUGAUGGACAGCACAUGAACGAAGACCUUUGGGAUGCGCUGGUGCUGUACAGCGAGCUGACACAGCCGCAGCUCUGCUCGGGCACGGCGAACGUGCGGGUUCCAAGGCGUCCGUUGAUUCGACCUGGGGGUGGCGACAUGAAGGCGGAGGAAACCCCAAGGUCUGAGCGAAGCGAGCGAAGCGAGCGCAACCGGCCGACGAAUCUGAAGGAUUGGCCGGAGUUUCUCAGCCACUCCUGGGGGCAACUCGACAACAAGUCGCAGCUGGCCCUCGAUCAGGUGGUGCAGAAACUCGAGGCACUCUUCCCGCAAUGGGGUUUGCAUGGAGGUUGGUCCGGGCAGAACGUCUGGAUUGUGAAGCCCGGCACGAAUAGCAAAGGAAGUGGAAUUCAUUGUAUGAGCAACCUGGCAGAGCUCUUGCACCAUUGCGACCGUAUGCCCAAUCGAUUGGUUCAGAAGUACAUCGAGAGGCCGCUCCUGCUGUUCAGUGGCCGGAAGUUCGACAUCAGACAAUGGGUAUUGGUGAGAUCGGUCCGUCCACUGAAAGUCUUCAUGUUCAGCGAAUGCUAUCUGCGCCUUUGCAAUGGCAUGUAUGAUCUUGGCGACUUGCGGGACCGGGAGAGACACAUCUCAAACUGGCAAGUGAACAAGCACGGGAAGAAUGUCGUGGAGGGCGCCGUUGUGUCCCUCGCAGACUUCAGAGAGCAGCUUGCCGAACUGACCGGCCGCGAGGACUAUUGGGAGGCAGUCUUACUGCCAGCGAUCAAGCAGAUCGUGAUUGAGGUGAUGCGGUCCGUGGAGGCUAGCCUUCAGCCCCGAGCGGAAAGCUUCGAGCUCUUCGGAUUCGACCUCAUCGUGGACGAGGCAAUGAAGCCGUGGCUCCUCGAGGUGAACCUCAGCCCGGGCUGCGAGAGCCGCGUGUCGUUCCUCGAGCGCAUGCUGGCUCGCAUGACUCGUCGGUUGAUCGAGGUUGCAGUCCUGGGCAAGGAAGAGCCGGAUGGGGAAGUGCCUGACUGGAUCAAGCUUUGUGAUGACAGCGUUGGCACACAAGAGAGCAAUGCAAGCCUGGACACGCCCAG